AUGCCAGACUAUAUUUUGGUGCUGAAAAUCCUGCAGCAAACGUUUGUCUUCUCUAGUCUUGUAAGAACUACUGGUAAUGAGAUCAGAAAAGUUGAUAAGUAUUGUGAUCUUGGUGAGCAGGAGCAAAAUGAUCGAAAACUGCAUGUCUUGACAAUAAGGAAAAAUGCUUCUGAGAAAGGUCCUGUAAAUGCUGUUAAUACUCCAGGUGGAUUUGAUUCGUUCUUGGAUCUUUGGGACUCAACCAGAGAAUUCUAUUUUGAUAUUCACUUUAACAAAAGAUCUGAAGUGAACUCGACUGUCCCUUUUGAAAUACAUGGCAUAGCAAUUUGCUGGGGAAAUUCUCCUGUCUACUAUGUCAAUCUUCCCAAGGAUAUAUUUUGGUUUGACAGCAGAAGAAAUGAUUCUUUGUCCAUAUCUAUUUCUGGUGAUGGCACGAUUUUGAUCGAUCGAUCGAUCGAUUUGGUUUUCUCCGAUUUCUGGUUCCGAUCGAUCCAGAACAUACUGCUUUUUUCUCUGAUCAAUCAGGCUCGUAGAGGCGGUAUUGACGAGUCAUUUGCCUGGGAGAGCAGAGAGUAUUUAAGGAAGCUUUGUAUAGGAAAGGAUGUCACUUUCAGAGUGGAUUAUACUGUACCAGCCAUAGGGCGAGAAUUCGGCUCAGUUUUCCUCGGCGAUAAGAAUGUCUCAUUGAUGGUUGUUGCUGGAGGCUGGGCAAAGGUUAGGGAGCAGGGUCAACAGAAAGGAGAAGCUAGUCCUUUCUUAGCGGAACUGCUACGCCUUGAAGAGCAAGCCAAACAACAAGGGUUAGGACGUUGGAGCAGGGAUGUUGGAGUAGGGUUAGUUUACAAAAUUAACGAAGGCGUGGAGUAUAAAGAUUCUUGGGUAGAGAAGGGCUGCUAUGUAUGCAUCAUUAUUGGUUAUUGUGAAGGAGGAGACAUGGCAGAAGCUAUAAAGAAAGCAAAUGGUGUUCUUUUUUCCGAUGAGGUUGUAGGAACUCCAAGUUAUAUGUGCCCUGAGCUUCUUGCUGACAUACCUUAUGGCUCUAAGUCAGACAUUUGGUCCUUGGUCAGGCCCUCAUCAAAAGCAUGCUGCGGAGAAAACCCAGAACUUCGGCCGAGUUUAUUUCCUGUUCUUUAUUCUUUUUUUAACACUUUCCGAAAAUGUUUUACGUAGGAGAAACAUUAAUAUAAGCAUGCGAAUGAUUUGCCAUUGCCUUAGAUAAUCUAAAUGAUUCCUAAUUCAUUAAUUAGGACUCAGCUAGUUGUGUUUGUUCUAGCUAAUAUAUUGCCAUUCAUAGUCAUCGGCAUAAGCCUUUUCUAGUAAGUUUCUCUAAUAAUUUUAAAUCCCUGUAAUGUAUCUUCCAAAAUUCGAAGCCAAGACAUUUUUAAGGUACUUAUUGGUUUUAUGUUUCAAUUGGAUUUAACUUUUGUGGCUUUGUAUAUAAGGUAGUAAUUUUUUGAUUGA